UACGCCAAUGGAGUCAAUAUGGCUUUACUACAGCGAAUAUUUCAUCGAAAGAAAAAUAACCGAAGCCCGUUUUUAAGUAGAAGUAAUGGAGACCAAUCUGUUCAGAAAGACUUUUGUAAAUUUGAUAAAGAGAAAAUUAGGUUAGUGAUUUAUAAGGAAGACAGAGGGAGAACACCGUUAUAUGACUCAACCUGUAUAAAACUUAUAGAAGAUGUAUCUCCAGUUCCACCAAGAAGGAUCUCUUCAAAUAAAACUUAUUUUAAUCAUGGACAUAAAGUUUCUAAAGAUCCCUCACUGAUACAAAAACCACAUUCAGAACAGAAAUGGAAAUAUCAAAAAUUGGGUUCAGAUGUAAAAGUUAUUGAAGAAAUGAUGUUUGGUUCAGUAGCUAUGGCUUAUAAAGGUUCAUUAUUUAAAGUUCAUCACAUAAGGACACCAUCACAACUGAUGUUGACUAAAGUUUAUAUCCCUGAAAAACCUAAAAGGGAGUCUGGAUGUGAAUUAGACUAUGAUUCGAGUAGUUUACCCAGCAACACAAGUGAUUUCUCAGCACCUAAACAUAUUUCAUCUUCCCAUAAAUCAACUACUUCUAUAGCUCAAAGUAUGCCAGUUGAUGUACCUUCUACUAAUGAUAUAUAUGGGUCAUCAUUAGAUACUUUAGAUGAAGAUAGUGGUCUAGCAUCAUUUACUUCUAGUGGAAGUUUAUCUGCUCCUUUCCCGUCACCUAGCAACAACAGUGGAAGCAGUUAUAAUAGCUUACAUAGGCGCUGGAUGAGAACACAAACUACAUCAUUGGGUAGAAAAUCUACAGAAUAUAAAAUGUUAGAUAAAAAUCUACAUGUCACAAAGAAAAGUAAGGUUGGAAUAGCUGUACUUAUAGAAACACCAGAUGAAAAGGAUGAAGAGGCUCACAGAUUAUUUCAAGAGUUUUUCUUCUCCCAUAUUACUUUAUUUGAAAGUCAUAUAAAUAAACUACAGAGUGUGGUUACUAAGGCUUAUUUUGAUGCUAGAAAUUUUGUACCAUUGGUGAUGGAGGCACUAGAAGUGUUACGGAACAGUAUAUAUGAUUUAUACAUGGCACCACGCCUGUCAGAACCAGUCUGGUUAAAUAUGAUGUCUUAUAGUACCAAUAGAUAUGCUUUAUGUAAAGAUUUUAUGAAUGACUUUAUGUCUUUAGCUGCUAAAUAUGACAAUAAAAAUACCAAAUUUUUUGUGUCAACAUUGAUAUCAGCAGUGUUAACACAUCACUUAGCAUGGGUUCCAACUGUUACUCCAGCUGGUGGUACUCUAUCUUCUACGUAUGAAGAAAAACAUUCAGCAAAAUGGUUAAAUGAUUUAGCUAAAGUUCAUCCUUACAAUCCCCUAUGGGCACAAUUAGGUGAUUUAUAUGGUGCAAUAGGAAAUCCAUUAAAAGUAGCACGAACUAUAGUUGUGGGGAAAAAUACAGACUUGGUGAAAAAGUUUCUUGUCAUAUUAAGUUAUUUUAUACGAUGUAGUGAUAUCCAUGAAUGUGUUGAUAGUAACAGUUUAAAAAGCUUUAUAUCUGAUAUUAAAUAUGAUUCUCCUCCUACGCCCUCUGGUGGAUCAGGAAUUUUAACGCCAGCUGAAGAUUCUAAUUCAAAUUGUAGCUCUAGUCUUGUUUCUACCAGUCAUAGACUUCUGACUAGUACGCCAAGUUUAGAUUUGAGUAGUUUAGAGAAUGUUACCAAUGAGGUAGAUAUGUUUGAAGUUAAGGAUAAAAACAAUCAGUCAGUUAUUGAUAAUCUUAGUGAUCCUUAUAAAGAAAAUUUACCAGCCAGUGAUCUCAAUUCUUGUGAUAGUGGUUUACAGUGUAGUGUUUCCGCUUUAAAAGUGAAUGAAAACAGUAGAAUAGAAAAUGUUCAACUUGUGAAUAGAUCAGUGAGUAGGGAAGUUUCUAUAGAAGAUAUUAAUUUAAUUAGCUCCUCAAAUAAACUUAAAUCAAAACUAUCUCAACAGUUGGAAUCCGAAAAAACAUUGAGUAAAAAGGAAAUCAAGAAACUCUUCCUAAAAGAAGGUAGUAAUAGUAUGUUUGAGGAAUAUUUUGAUGCAGGAAUAGAAACUAAAACUAUUGAUGAGGUGGCAGAAGGUGAUCGUGUUAUACAACUCCCUCUUGUGUCACCCAGCUGUGCUGAAUUAGACUCUAUUAAUUUUAAAAAAGACAAGAAAGUGGUAUCAAGACAUAAUAGUGUUGACAGAAGUAAACUUAGUAGACCAACUUCUCUAGUUCCAGGCAGGUGUAGGUCUGUAACUCCAACUGAAUUGAGUAGAAGACGACAUCUAUCAUCUGCUGGCAGUGUAGAAUUUGAUCCUUUUGAUCCUGUUGUUGAUUGUAAAGAAAUACCUCUUCCUGGACAAGAUGUUGAACUUACAUCAAGAAGUGUUCAUGGCUUAGAGAGAAAUUUUGGUAGAAGUUUAUUGGGUGGUAUAUCUGAUCAUUAUUUAUCAGACUUUGUACUACAUGGUACUAAAGAUACCAAUCUAUAUAGUAAAUUAUUACAUGAUUUACAGCUAGAUGUACAACAAUCUGUUAUUGAUGAAGAAAUAUCAGAAACUGUUUGUAUUAUAGCUGAUGUUGAUAAUUGGAAUGUAGAAAUAGCCAGUAGUAAUUUGAUAGAGAAGUAUCCUACAGGCAGUACACCUUGUGUAGCUUCACAGAUAGUCUGUAAUCUGGUAGAAUCAGUUCUUGAUUUAUGGAAAUUAAAAAUGAGUCCUGAAUUUUGUAUGAUGCAUCUGGAAGAUAGAUUACAAGAAAUAUAUUUUAAAAGUUUAAUGGUAGCUGAAUAUAGGGUUGGUGUAGAGAGAACAAAUGUCAAAGAUUUAACUACAACGUUAGGAUUUGAUUUAAGUGAUUAUCAUUUAUUGAUGGCAGUAGCAGCAACACAUUCACCUCAUUUGAUAUUACAGCCAACAACUCUGUGAACUCAGUUCAAAAUAUCUAGAAAACCUCUUCCAGAAUUUGUUGAAAUAAUUUCUUUUAAAAUUUUAAUCAUUGUGAUAGGCUGAUUUUCAGCCAUUCUGUGAAAUGUAGUCAAAAGAGUAAAUCCUGUUAGAAGAUGAUUUAUGUAUUAGCAUUAAAUGUAAAUGUAAAAUGGAGUGUGUUAUAAGAAUAGAUCUGAUAUGGGGAUAUUUAUUUAUAUUUAUUGUGGUCUAUCACAGGUCUGAAAUUCAAUAACUGUUCAUUGUUUCUUUUUUGUGUUUAAUUAAUGUUCUGUCUAUCUGCAUUUCUUUGUUUUGUCUGUUAUCUUAUUCUCUUUCUAAAGGAGUGAUGUUAAACUUAUAGGUAUAUAUAAUUUUCUUGCAUAAUUUAUUAUUUGUCAUUUAUAUAUUGUUACAUGUUAAAAAUCAUUAUCAAUGCAAUAUUGAAAGAGAAACAAGGAGAUUGAACUCUUAUACAUAUGUAAUGAAUAUUAUGGUAUUUGUUACUCAAACUUUACAAAUGGGCUUCCUUGCAGUCUUCAUGUUCAAUUUAUCUGAUAAUUUUUAUUUAUCACUUAAAAUAGAUUUAUCUCCCUUGUUUCUCAUUUCUCUCCUAUCCAAGUGUCUUCAAUGAGGUUUUGUUUUCUGAUAGAAUUGGCCAUAAUGUGAUUAAGUAACGUAUAUCUUGUCGUUUUAUGUAAGGGUUGGAUUGUUUGAAAGAUUAUUUAGACUUUCACCUAAAUAAUUGAGCAAAGUUAUCUAUGACUAUCUGGUACAAUGCAAAACACAUGCACUCUACUUUAAUAAGGUGUAAGUAGUCUUGAAAUUACAUAGACUGCAGAAGAAAUGAUUGGAAAAUCUAUUAUAGAGAUUGUCAGAUAUUAUAAAUAAUUCGUGAAUCUAAAGUCAUAUUACAAAACAAAAAGCAUUCAUAGAGUUAAUUCUGAUGAUUAGGAAUCUAAUUUGAUUAUGGUUAAUUUAAAGAAUAUUGUCAACUUGCCAAUGACCAUCUUUAGUUUCAUUCUUUUUCUGGUAUCUUAAUGUUAGUCCAGCUAAAAUACAUGAUAAUAUGUCAAAUAAUGUGUACCAUUGUUAAUUUAUUAAAAUAUUUGAAAAAUU